AUGAAUUCUUGGGAUAAUAUUGAAUCAAUAUUCAUUUGCAGUGCUAUUAUCAUCGUUACAUUCUUAACUAUAUUUGGAAAUUUAUUUGUGUUAUUUGCAUUUUACAAUGAUCCUCAUCUACUCACUCCAAGCAAUAAUUUUAUUCUUUCAAUGGCUAUCGCUGAUUUUCUAGUGGGACUAUGUUGUAUGCCGUUUUAUUCAGUUGUCGAAAUCAAACAUUUAUGGCCGUUCGGUCAGUUAUUUUGCAAAAUAUGGUUGACAAUCGACGAUAUUGCAACACAAGCAAGUGUUCUUAGUAUAGUGGCUAUUACUAUUGAGCGAUAUUGGAGUAUUAAUCAUUCUGUACACUAUAGAAAAUAUACAACAAACACAAGAAUUCGAUUUUGUUCACUUCUCAUAUGGUUAAUACCAUUAAUUAAUUUUGCACCGGGAAUUUGGUUUUUAAAACCCAAAACAUCCACAAAAAAUAAUAUAAACUCAACUCUAUUAGUACAUCAAAAUGAAACAUGUAUUGGUGCAUAUCAUGAUCAUACCGUCUAUCUAAUUGUUGCUCAAUUUAACUUUUUUGUUUGGCCUCUCAUUUUAAUUAUUAUUCUCAAUUUACUUAUAGUUAUUAAUCUCUAUAAACGAUCUCAGCGAUUUCCAACAUUAACAAGUGGAGCCAUACAAGCUUUGCAUUUACAUUCACGACGUCGUACACUUCCUUCAUCAUGUAAACAUACAUAUAAGCAACAAUCAUCAAAAAAACCAGUUAUUAAUCAGGUAUCUGUAGAAAUGAAUCAACAUCCCGACAGCGAAUUAGAAAUGGCACAACCAGUAGAGAAUUCUCAUCCUAUACUCUACGAAAAUUAUAUUAAAUAUCAAAAUCUCCAAACUGUAUUCGAUUAUUGUAUCAAUUCAACAAAACAAUUAGAAUUGCAAAAGGAUGAUAGAAGCCAGCCUGAAAUGGAACGUAUUAAUGUUCAAAUGCCCCCGAUUAUCGAGAUGGAUGAGCAGAGUGAUCAUGACUCGUAUUUGUCAACACAAAAGAAAAAGAAUUAUUUAGAUCGACUAAAACAAGCCCAACGUCUAAUAAAAUGUGAACGAAAAAAUUCGAUUAGAAAAUUUUCUAAACCCAUUUCAAAAUCGAAACCAAAAUAUUCUCCCUCAAAGUCAACUCAAACAUUACGUCAAUCAUUCUUUACAUGGCGAAAUACUACAAUGGUAUUAUCACCAAACAGCGGUGAACAGCACCGUACAGUUCGCCGUUUAAGACGAGAUAAACGUGCCGCUACAUCCUUAUUGAUUCUUGUCCUUGUAUUUAUGAUAUUUCUAUUACCCUAUGUUGUUGUUGUGAUAGGUGGUCGAAUAUUCAAAAUACCACUGAAAACAGAAAAAAUGAACCAGAUAUAUUCGGCUUCAUUUUGGUUACUAUGGCUCAACUCGACAGUUAAUCCAUUUCUUUACCCGUUUAUUCAACCUCGUUUUAGAGAUGCAUAUAAAAAACUAUACAAAAGGUUAAUUCAUAGAAGAUUUAUAUUUUAUCAAUAA